AUGUUUUCUUAUUCAGCACAAUGCGCCUUGCUGUAUUCUGUAAAUGCUUUGGCCCAGUUCGAAUAUCAGUUCCAUAUCUCACUUUCGCAGUUGCUUCGUUCCCACAUGCCUUCUGGCUAUUUUUUGCAGGCUUUACUAGGAGGAAUGAUUCCAGCUGUCAACAGUGUCAAUGCAGGAAAUAGAACACGCGAGCACCAAGCGCGCUGCUCCAGACCCUAUUUGACGGAGCAAGACUCCGACAUAAAAAAUGUAACAGGACGUACCUCGAACUUUGGUACCCAAUUUAUUGGUGGUAGAUAUUUAUCUCACUUGCUUCUCCUCUCUGGUCUCUUUUCCCCUUUCAAUUCCUAUUCCUUUCAUUUUUUUCCUCCAUUGUCUCGUGUCUCGAUUCUCGUCUGUGCCUCAGAUCGCAGCUCGGCACAAUAUCCAAUAUCCACUCCCGACGGAAAUGCGCACGGGUGUUUUUUCAUCUUCUACUCUAACCUUCGGCCUCUGUAA